CGCGCCGCCGCUCUCUCCUGGCCGCCUCCGGCCCUCUCCAGCGCCGGCGAGAUGGGGCUUUCGUCCGCCUCGAUGAGCUCUGUAUCCUUCCCCAAUUCAAUUUGGUUUUCCAGCUCUACCUCGUCCGCCCCCGAACCUAGAAACCCUAGCGGUCGCUGGUCGGUUUGGCCAUCGCCGGCCAACCCCCGCGCCACCACCACCACCACCACCUCCACGCCGGCAUUCCCGGACGGCCACCGCACCGCUCCACACGGCCUCGCCCCGUACUUAACCCCAGCCAUGGGCGGGUCCCGGGCCCUUUCCCUCUCCUCCCUCUGCGCCGCCGCCGCCUCCAGGUCGCCGCUCCUCUCCUCCCACCACCGCGCGCGGCACCUCCGCCCCCGCCUCGCCGCCGCCAUGUCCUCCUCCUCCUCAUCCCCCGCCCCGGCUCCCGGCGCGGCCCCCGCCGCGCCCUCGGCGUCCUCCGCCAUCGACUUCCUCACGCUCUGCUACCGCCUCAAGACGACGAAGAGGGCGGGCUGGGUGAGGCGCGGGUUGCAGGGGCCCGAGUCCGUGGCCGACCACAUGUACCGGAUGGGAGUCAUGGCGCUCGUCGCCGCGGACCUUCCACCAGGCGUCAACCGCGACAGGUGCGUGAAGAUGGCCAUUGUGCAUGACAUAGCCGAAGCUAUUGUUGGCGAUAUCACCCCUGCUGAUGGCGUGCCCAAGGAAGAGAAGAGCCGUAGGGAGAAGGAAGCUCUGGACCAGAUGUGCGCGUUGCUCGGUGGAGGUUCAAGAGCCGAUGAAAUUCGUGAACUGUGGAUGGAGUACGAGGACAAUGCCACUUUGGAAGCGAAGGUUGUCAAAGAUUUUGACAAGGUAUAA